AUGCGUUCCUCUAUCCUUGCCGCUGCGUUCCUCGCAUCACUCGGUGCUCAGGCCAAGGAUUCCACCAGCACCACCGUUGCAAUCUUCUCCCCCACGUGGGACAAUAACCUCCCUGGUAUUACCAGCUUUGCUGCCAGCGUUGCUGGUAUUAAUGCCAAAGCCACCACAUACCAUGUCGGUUGUGCGGAUGGCGUUGCCAAAUCAGACUGCGACAUUGCUACUUCGUGGACGAUCACUCAAGGUCCCGAGACCGUUAACUUUGCCGCACAAUAUAUCGCCACCAGUUCAGGCUCAGACGGUUACGAUGUUACCAUCACCGAAACGUAUGACUGCUCUUUCAAAUCCUGGUCCGAAUCUGCCAGCUGCACCAUGAGCGCUAGCAUGGGUGGGACCGUAAGAGGAGGUAGUACCGCCUCUUCAUCCUCUUCCAAGGCGACAACUUCGGUGGCAACCAGCAGCUACUACGAGUUGGACGUCACUGGAGGAGUGAAGUCGUUCACGGCCCCCGCAGCAACUGAAACACCCGGUGCUGCGGCCGCUGGACCUGCCGGUGCAUUUAUCACAGCUGCUCCUGUGGUUGCUGCCGCAAUCGCAGCUUUGCUCUGA